GCCGGCCGGCAGGGGGAGGCGGGGGGCGCGGGGCAGCCCCGCCUUUCCCCCGAGGAGCCGCCGGGCGGCCAUAUUGCGGAGCUGUCUGCGGUGGUGGCGGCGCUUCUCGUCUCCGGCGGCCCAGCGCUUCCCACCGCCGCCUCUCCCUCCCUGCUGCAGCCGCGACGCCCGGCGCCGACGCGCAGCGCCCCGGCCGCGCUUGGGGCGGGAAGGAGCCGCUCGCUCUCGGGGGAGAAGAUAAAGUUUAACAGUGGUCUCAAGGACAACUCUAAAUUUCAGUGAAGGCCACCAGCUUGCUGGUGACAUCAGAAUUCAUAAAAGUGAAUUUUUAAGGAAGGUGAUCAAAAAGAGAAGGACAAUGCCGAAACCAAACAAGACAAAAGAUGCUAUCAUUGUUCCUAUUCAACAUUGAAUGGGGAAACCUGCACAGAAAAAAAAAAAAGCUGAAGGACAAGAAAGGAAGGAAACACUAUUUGAAGAUAUCAACGUAAGAGUAACCACCAUGGAUGCUGAGCUGGAAUUUGCCAUUCAGCCCAAUACUACUGGCAAACAGCUUUUUGACCAGGUGGUGAAAACAGUUGGUUUGCGUGAGGUCUGGUUUUUUGGGCUGCAGUAUGUGGACAGCAAAGGUUAUUCUACGUGGCUUAAACUAAAUAAAAAGGUGACACAGCAAGAUGUUAAAAAAGAGAAUCCUUUACAGUUCAAAUUCAGAGCUAAAUUCUUUCCUGAAGACGUUUCUGAGGAAUUAAUUCAAGAAAUAACCCAGAGACUUUUCUUCUUGCAAGUUAAGGAAGCCAUCUUGAAUGAUGAGAUAUAUUGUCCGCCAGAAACUGCAGUUCUUUUGGCUUCCUAUGCUGUCCAAGCCAAGUAUGGAGAUUAUAAUAAAGAGAUUCAUAAAGCAGGCUACCUGGCUAAUGAUAGACUCCUACCCCAGCGUGUUUUGGAGCAACACAAACUGACAAAAGAACAGUGGGAAGAAAGAAUACAGAACUGGCAUGAAGAACACAGAGGAAUGCUGAGGGAGGAUUCUAUGAUGGAAUACCUGAAGAUUGCCCAAGAUCUAGAAAUGUAUGGAGUCAACUAUUUUGAAAUAAAAAAUAAAAAGGGAACUGAAUUGUGGCUAGGCGUUGAUGCUUUGGGUCUGAAUAUUUAUGAGCAUGAUGACAAGUUAACACCAAAAAUUGGUUUUCCUUGGAGUGAAAUCAGAAAUAUUUCAUUUAAUGACAAAAAAUUUGUUAUAAAGCCGAUCGACAAAAAGGCACCUGAUUUUGUUUUUUAUGCACCUCGUCUGAGAAUCAACAAACGGAUUUUGGCUUUAUGUAUGGGAAACCAUGAACUAUACAUGCGAAGAAGAAAGCCUGAUACUAUUGAAGUGCAGCAGAUGAAGGCUCAGGCGAGGGAGGAGAAACAUCAGAAGCAGUUGGAAAGGGCACAACUAGAGAAUGAAAAGAAGAAGAGGGAGAUAGCAGAAAAGGAGAAGGAAAGGAUAGAGCGGGAAAAGGAGGAGCUGAUGGAGCGGCUGCGGCAAAUUGAAGAGCAGACGGUGAAAGCCCAGAAAGAACUAGAAGAACAGACUCGAAAAGCUCUGGAACUGGACCAGGAACGAAAACGAGCAAAGGAAGAAGCAGAAAGGCUUGAAAAGGAACGUCGAGCUGCUGAAGAAGCCAAGUCUGCUAUCGCAAAACAAGCUGCCGACCAGAUGAAGAAUCAGGAACAACUGGCAGCAGAACUUGCUGAAUUCACUGCCAAGAUUGCACUUCUAGAAGAAGCCAAGAAGAAAAAGGAGGAGGAAGCUACUGAGUGGCAGCACAAGGCUUUUGCAGCCCAGGAAGAUUUGGAAAAGACCAAAGAAGAACUAAAAACUGUGAUGUCUGCCCCCCCUCCACCUCCGCCACCACCAGUCGUUCCUCCAACAGAAAAUGAACACGAUGAGCAUGAUGAGAAUAAUGCUGAAGCUAGCGCUGAAUUAUCAAAUGAUGGGGUGAUGAACCAUCGAAGUGAAGAGGAACGUGUAACAGAAACUCAAAAAAAUGAGCGUGUUAAGAAGCAACUCCAGGCACUAAGUUCAGAAUUAGCCCAAGCCAGAGAUGAAACCAAGAAAACGCAAAAUGAUGUUCUUCACGCUGAGAAUGUUAAGGCAGGCCGUGAUAAGUACAAGACUCUGCGGCAGAUUCGACAAGGCAACACCAAGCAGCGGAUUGAUGAGUUUGAAGCCAUGUGAGAGCUGUUAUUUUGCAUACAUGUUCUUCAUAAGCUGAACCACCAACAGAGAAAAGCAGGCCUUUGCAAAUGUGAUGGAACGCAUCCCACCUUGCCAAAGCACUUACACCAGUUGACUGUGGUGGCUAAAGACGUACUUGAGGGGAGCUCUUCAGCAUUAAGGCAGUGUGAUGUCAUGCUUGAUUUUCUUUUCCUUUUGGGCCAGGGAGUGGAGGACAGCGUUCCAUCGCCUCCUGUCACAUUUUCAGUUUCCAUUGUUUUUUUCUGUUGGAGAUUAACACUAAGGAUCAUGUCUGACAAAUGUGUAUGUGUGAUUUCAGCACUUUGUACAGUUCAAAGGAUGAUGGUGACUUAAUGAGUGUUUAGAGUGCUGUGGUUUCUUUUGCCCCUUCCAUAUUCUGCCUGUGUGUAUUUCCACAUUCUGUCUCACUCAUAUUUCCUCGGCGUGCACUUCUCCUAUCUUACUGUGCUGAUAGCCAUAAUUCUACCAUCAUACAGAUCACUGAUGUUGUUAAAAUAAGGGUAGGCGACAGGUUUGACAGUCUUUGAUAAUUGUGUAGAAGACGGCCAUGAAUCAUGAAAAGGAUUAGAAUAUUUAAUAGUGUAUCAUGCAGCUGGUGGUUAAUGUUUUUAAGUCCCAAUUUAUUUAUAUUAUUGGGUAUUUGAUAUUUGCUUACUUAAUUACAGUCAUCUUUGAGAGCUGAACUGAUUGGUGUUUCAUCUCCUGUCUUCCUUUGGUUCACAAAGGUGUAGACAGCAGGUAAUAGUUAGCCUAGUAGAAUUUAUUGAUGUAACACCUGCAGAUAAUAAUUGUCUCUGGAAGAUUAAGAAAUCCGUUCUUUCAUAGACUGAUUUAGACAGAUGUUUAAUUUAAAAAAAAUCAUUUGUUGGUAAUUUAUUAUAAUCACUUAAAAAAAAAACUCUGGACCUUUCUGGAAGGGCAGCAUAUGAAAACAUGAGUCCCAAAGAGGGAACAGUAAUACUACCUCACUACUACACCUGUGGUGACCGGUUGUUCCGACCCAGUGGAGUGUAUAAGCGCUGUGUUCUCCAAUACAUACCAGAACUUUCAGUCAUGCAAGGAGUAUUUCUGAGAUUUCUUUCCCUUCAGAAUAUCUUAGAGUGCUAAAUUUUUAACUGCCUUUUUGUUGAGCUUAAUUGUGGGACUCUGAUUUAUAUUAAAAUUGUAAGCUCUUGCUGGUAUACUGUCUUCCUGGAGGGGUGUUGUAUGUCCGAGGAAGAGAGAGAGAGGGAGUGUGUGUGUGUGGGUGUGUGUGUGCGUGUGUGUGCGUGUGCGCAUGCACAUGUGUGUGCAUGUGAGUGUGUGAGAUAUUUGCCCUUGUAGCAUAUGAAUGUCUCUACCUUCAUUUCUUGAUAUAAUUGUUACAUAGUCAUUCUAGCAGAUUUGGUUUCUAAAUCAUUGUUUAUUUUUUUCAUUCUCUAACUAAAAAUACUUAAAUUUGGUUUGUUAAUCCUGUUUUAGAAAUUAUAAUUUUAGGUUAUAUUGAGUUCAGUUAUGUCUUAAGAAAUCUUUCCAGUUUGAAAGAUGUUCUAAUAUUCACUUGUUCUAAUACUUUUUUUAUUGUAAAACAUCUAGACUUGGAGAUAAGGAAAGCCUUGUUUUCUCUGUGUGGUUCAGCUACUUUUCAUUUGGUAUUAUGCACUCAAAUUUACAUUUAUCUAUUAAAACUGCCAUUUUGUUAAGCAUUUUUCAUGCACAGUAGAUUCAGGUUGUGUCUGAAAAUAUCUCUUGUGCUUUUUUGAUUUUGCUGACUAUAAAAGGAUUAAUCUGGGCAGACAUGAAAAGGAAAGGUUUCAUUUAAUAUAUUUUUUUGGACUUUGUAGGACAAAAGGUAACUGGUUAAUAACCUUGAAGUGACUGUUGUAUGGUGGUUGUGCACAUGCUUCAAAACACUGCAGAAGAGGAUAUUUCUCCUUGUAGCACGUUAGAAGAAUAGAUGGUGAACUCUGCUUUUCAUGCUUUAAAGCAUAAGUGUUCACUUUUCCAAAGCAUCAAAGCCAUUGCCAUAAUAAGUGACAACUUGGACCUCCAUUGGAUUUUUAUUAAUUUUCUACAUUUUGAAUUGUGUGCACUACCAUUGCUACAUCAGUUUGAUAUCAGUGUUGAAAAACUACCAGUUAUAUUUGCUGUUUAUAAUCUAUUUGUAGAUUAGGAUUAAAAUGGAUAUAAUCCAUUUUUAAAGCUGUGUGAAUUUUUCUAAACAGGAGCAACUAUUUGCAAUAUGGGUUUUCAUAGUGAUUAAACCAGUUAUAACUCUUAUUAGCAGUUGAGAGCACAUGUUCAUAUAGCAAUGUAAAAUAUAUUAAUGAGUAUUUGGUAAAUUCCAACAGACUUUUACCAUAGCAUAAUUUUGUGUUGUACAGUUAAGUUACAGUUACAUCUAUAAUUUUGGAUAACAUUCAUUGGUUAACAAUAAAGUGACAAAAGCUCAUGCC